UGCGGCUUAAUCUUCAACCGACAUCUCAGCUCCGGAUGGGAAUCUAUUCAACAAAUUGCUUCAUUUCUAAACCACAAAUUUCCAUCAUCCGUCUCCCGAACUUCUAAGAUGUUGACGUUGGGUUCCUUUCUAAUGGGGAGUAUUAAUGUAUGGUACACGAUUUGGUUGGGGGUUCGGCUUUGUUAUGUUGAUGGUGUCGACAGGAAUCGAACAGAGGGAAGAAUUUUGGGAAAAUUGCAAGAUACUUGUUUCGACAUUGGUAUAGGAAAUUAUGUCAUGUUCGUCUGGGUCCUGUCCGGGUCUGAGUUUACCCAUUUGACGAUGGCAUCUUUUCUAUUCGUGAUCGCUCUUGUGGUUAAAUGCCUGCAUGCAAAAUUGGCAACUUUGCUAGAGCAGAUUCUGGAUGAGAGCAUCACUCAGGGUGAGAACGAUCAGGAUGGAUUUGCAUACAAGGACCUGAAGUACAGAGGGAUGACUAAAGAACUCGACUUUGAAAUGAUACGACUCGUUUAUGAAAAAUUAAAUGAAACGGUGAUCCAUAUCAGAAAAUUCUUUGGUGUCCCUUGUCUCGUAAUUUGUUGUGACGGGAUUUUGACAUGUGUUUUCGGAUUUUACUGGAGGAUUAUCUAUUAUGAGAACUUACCUGAUGAAGAUGGCCAUUCAGCCGAUAUUUAUAAUUUGAUCUUGUUCUCAAUGCAUUUUCUAUACUCGGUUAUGUCAUUGCUUCUAAUCCUAAUAAGUGGGCAUAUUAUGGCAACAACGGCACUGGACGUACCAAAAGUUAUCAGAAAGGCAAAAUUGAGUCACCUCAACUCAUCGGCGAGAUUUCAGGUCAGCCUUUUGCUGCAAGUGAGUGCCGGAUUUCCCACAAAAUUUACCGUCUACUCCAUCACAAAUUUGGAAAUGCCUUUUCUGGCUGCUGCAACGACCAAUGUUAUCACCUAUCUUUUAGUUCUCAUGCAAUUUCGGAUGGAGCAAACAAGUCAAGGCUUGGCUCAUCACUGAUCUGGUAUUUAUGAGUUGUUUAUUUUUGCAUAAUUUAUUUUGAUAACAUCGA